GGUAGCGCGUAAAGGACUUUCUAAUAAAAGAAAAUCAUGGAUUUGUCAAUAUUAUAUUUUAUAUGCUUAUUUGCAUUAUCAUCAAGUUCAUCAUCGGACACAGAAAAUAAAUCAAAACCAGGAAGAGGUCGAGGAUCAAUGUGGUGGGGUAUUGCAAAAGUAGGAGAACCAAAUAAUAUAUCACCAUUGAAUUCUGGUAUGUUAUAUGUGGAUCCAGCAUUUCAUGCAAGAUUACGUCGCAAACAACGACGUUUGGUACGUGAAAAUCCUGGUGUAUUUGCUGCAUUAGUAAAAGGUGCAAAUUUAGCAAUAUCCGAAUGUCAACAUCAGUUUAGAAAUCGUCGAUGGAAUUGUUCGACAACGAAUUUUUUAAGAGGCAAAAAUUUAUUUGGAAAAAUUGUCGAUCGAGGAUGUCGUGAGACAGGAUUCAUUUAUGCUAUUACAAGUGCAGCUGUAACACAUGCAAUUGCUAGAGCAUGCAGCGAAGGAUCUAUUGAAUCGUGCACCUGCGACUACAGUCACCAAUCACGAUCACCUCAAGCAAAUCAUCAAGCUGGUGCUGUGGCCGGUGUACGCGAUUGGGAAUGGGGUGGUUGUUCGGAUAAUAUUGGUUUUGGAUUUAAAUUUUCACGGGAAUUCGUUGAUGCUGGCGAACGUGGUAGAAAUUUGAGAGAAAAAAUGAAUUUGCAUAAUAAUGAAGCGGGAAGAGCUCAUGUUCAAUCGGAAAUGCGACAAGAAUGCAAAUGCCAUGGAAUGUCUGGCUCAUGUACGGUUAAGACAUGUUGGAUGCGUUUGGCUAACUUCCGUGUAAUUGGCGAUAUUUUAAAGGAUCGUUUCGAUGGUGCAUCACGUGUUAUGCUUAGUAAUAGCUUACGCAGCAGUAAUAGCAAUAGCAACAAUGCACCUGGUACAUUAAAUGGCGGCGGCAUUGGCGGUAUUGGUAGUUCUUCUUCGAAUGGUGCCGUAAAUAGUGGUAGCAGCUUAAGUAAUUCUAUGGUCAUUGGUGGUGGUGGUGGUGUAAAUGCAGUUAGUAAUAGUGCGAAUGCUUUGCACAGCAUCAAUGUGGAUAAUUUGGAGAAUUCAUUGAAACAUCAUCCGAAUAACUUACCGCCAAGUGGUAAUAGCAUAUCAAGGAAUUCGGUUAAAUCGAGAAAUCGUUUGAAUAAAAAAAAUAAUAGAUACCACUUCCAGCUGAAACCACACAAUCCAGAACAUAAGCCACCCGGCACAAAGGAUUUAGUUUACUUGGAACCAUCGCCAAGUUUCUGCGAACGCAAUCCUCGAAUGGGCAUCCAAGGGACACAUGGGCGCCAAUGUAAUGACACAUCAAUUGGUGUCGAUGGCUGUGAUUUGAUGUGUUGCGGUAGAGGAUAUCUUAAGCAUGAAGUAGUUGUCAUCGAACGUUGUGCGUGCACAUUCCAUUGGUGUUGUGAAGUCAAGUGUAAACAGUGUAUGAUGAAAAAAACGAUAUACACGUGUUUAUAGGUUUCUUUAUGUGCUCUCAUGGCGAUAUUUUUUUUCCUUUAUUAUUUUUGUUUUUUUUUUUUUAUUGUUUCUUUAUUUGCUGCUUUGUACAGCAAAAAAAUGUAAGCAAUCAUUAUAUAAAUGUAUAUGUAUCUCUCUCUCGCCAGUGUUAGGAUUUUUUUUGUUGUUAUUUUUUUGUCAUUUAAAAAAUUGCACAAAAUUUAUUGCGCCCCAAUGCCCC